GAGUUACCGGGGUGAACGGGAGCUUCAAAAGUUGUCUGUUGUGUGGUUUCGUGCGAUUCCGGUCCUAUAAGCAUUUUGGGAGGAUGUUUUUUACACUUUUUACGCAUCGUUUAAACAGGCAUGCUAUACAAAAACGCUUCUGAAGGAUAAACGGUGUCAGGAAAUGUUUUACGCCGGACRAUCUUUUCACAGCGAGGUGCCAGUGAAGUAAUAGCAACAAGAUGCCUUCUCCACAAGUUCUCGAACCAGUUCUCAAAAAGAAAGUGGAUGAGUUGUUUCUCAACUGGCUGAGUAAUCCCGAAACCCAGUCAACACUUAAAGAGUAUCUUGAUCUAAUUAAAAGUGGACAGUAUGUAAACUUGAGCAGUGGAGAUGCCCAGGAGAAAAAGUCACUGAGCUUCAAUGAGAACAACAACGUUGCCUCCCAUAAGAAGCUUGCAGAGAAAAAACCUGCUCCCACUGGUACGCCUUCMACCUCCCAGUCCAGCAGCACACUGCCCACCCGCAGUAGCAGUAAUGCCAGAGUGACUGGACUCAAUGGCAGAGUAUCCCGGAGGUCUGUCAGCUCGAAAAAGGCCCAGGUGAGGACGGAAGAGCCAGUUACCAAUGCACUGAGUGAAAGCAUUCCCAAGUUUUACUUCCCACAGGGCCAGCCCCAAGCCAACCUCAACACUGACAACCUCAUUUCCAAAAUUGAGAAAAUAUUUUCACAAUUUCCAAAUGAAAGAGCCACCAUUGAAGACAUGGGGCCAGUUGCCAAGGCCUGUGAGUGUCCCCUCUACUGGAAAAUGCCAUUGUUCUGCUCAGCUGGAGGCGACAGGACGGGUUUCGUGUCUGUUCACAAGUUUGUGGCUAUUUGGAGAAAAACUCUGCAGACCUGUCACGAUGAUGCUUCUAAAUUUGUGCACCUCUUGGCCAAGCCUGGCUGUAAUUACCUGGAACAAGACGACUUUAUUCCAUUCCUACAGGAUGUGGUCAACUCGCAUGCAGGUUUGGCCUUUCUAAAAGAAGCACCAGACUUUCACUCACGUUACAUCACCACGGUAAUCCAAAGAAUAUUUUACAAUGUGAACCAGACAUGGACGGGGAAGAUAACAUGUACCGAGCUUAGGAAAAGUAACUUCCUCCAGAACGUAGCGCUGCUGGAGCAAGAGGAAGAUGUGAACCAGCUGACAGAGUACUUCUCCUAUGAACAUUUUUAUGUUAUCUACUGCAAGUUCUGGGAGCUUGACACCGAUCAUGACCUCUAUAUUGACCAGAAAGACCUGGCCCGGCACAAUGACCAAGCUGUUUCACAGAAAAUGAUUGAGAGAAUAUUUUCAGGAACUGUAACAAGAGACAGGCGGGUGAAUAAACAGGGAAAACUGAGUUAUGCUGAUUUUGUCUGGUUCCUCAUAUCUGAGGAAGACAAGAAGACUUACACCAGUAUGGAGUACUGGUUCCGCUGCAUGGACCUGGACGGGGACGGGGUGCUCAGCAUGUACGAGCUGGAGUACUUCUACGAGGAGCAGUGUCAAAAACUGGAGGCCAUGGCUAUAGAGCCCCUUCCCUUCGAGGACUGCCUGUGCCAAAUGCUCGACCUCGUCGCACCUGAGGUGGAAGGUAAGAUCACUCUGAGAGACCUCAAGAGGUGCAAGAUGGCCCACAUCUUCUUCGACACUUUCUUCAACAUUGAAAAGUACCUGGACCAUGAGCAGAGAGACCCUUUCUCUGUUAUCAGGGAAGUGGAAACAGACGGUCAGGAGGUGUCAGACUGGGAGAAAUAUGCUGCAGAGGAGUAUGACAUACUGGUGGCUGAGGAGGCCGCCAACAACAUUUGUACUGAUGAGUAUGAGAAUCCUUUGAGCCCUUUAGGGCAGCACAUCUCCUCUGAGCUGACAAAAAGACAGRUGUUUGAGAUCCCCAGCUCACACUGCAACCUGGACCUGGACGAAUACGAGUAUGAAGACGACUUCGAAUGACYCCUGCUGCGUAGAUCGAUUGAUUAUUUAUUGAUUUAAACCCAGAGGUCACCGUGAGGCUGUGAUGAUGUGCAGAGACCCACACUCUGCCACCAUCCUGCACAACAGGACACAUUUAACCAGGCAGAUCACUGGAGACACUACGAACAGCUGUGCCACAGAUUUCACAUGCAAAACUUAAAAAGAGCAGUUUCUCUACAGCUUUUUUAUAUAUAUUAAAACCUGUGAAACGUUUAAGAAUAAAGAUGGCACUUCUUGCAUUGUUUAUCUCCCCACUGUUUACUGCAGGUCUCAUUGUUUUCAGAGUCAUAUUCACACAGGAGCUCACCGAGUUGUUGAAAAGAAGCCUUGUUGAUGUAAUUCAGCAGAACUUAUUGGCUAAAGGUUACAUUCCAGUGAUCAUAUCAAAGAAUUGUUUUUUAAUUUUAUUUUAUGAGGCUGCAAAUUUCAGAGCCGUUGAUUCAGGUUUGCUGUAAAAGCCAAAUAAGCCACUCAGGCCUUCUGCACACACGACCCCACGCUGAAUACUGCUCGUCUUGUCUUUAAAGUCACGUUAGGAUGAAUUAAUUUAUGUCUGACAUGGGGUUUUAAAUUCUUAGAGAUGACUUUAUGUAUAUAUUUAUUUGGAGUUUGCUGUGUUGUAAAUGACAUGGAGUUUUAAUCAUUUUUCUGUUAGAGUUCUUUAAAUGUACUUUGACAGAAAAAAAGAGUUUACCUUUUUUUUUUGAACAAAUAAAGCUAUGGUUAAUGAAAAAGCAA